GGCGGACGAUUUGCAAAACUUGCAGAUAUUAUGCUAGAAAAUCGUGAUUUAUUUACUAAGUAUGUCAAGCAUUUACGAUGAGCAAAGGCUAAAGGAUGCCCAAAGCUUUUUUAAUGUAACUGGUUGUAGCUUAAACAGCUCGAGAAGGGCAACAUCAUUAUCAUCAGUGAGAAAGGUUAAAGCAACCAUGGAAAGUGCUAAAGGCGACACUGGUAGCGACAUGCCAAAAAUAGAUCUCAUGAAUUUUGAGGAUCCACAGUUUGAGGAAGGGAAGUAUGUAUUGACCAGUCCAAGAUCACUGGAAGCUUGCUCAAGACUUAGUGUGAAGCCUGUGGAUAUAUUGUACAAACCUUUAGCUGAGUUCCAAGAAGAGUUAUUACCACAAGAUGUUCCACUUAGAACCAUCUAUAACAUUUAUGACGAACAUGAACAAAACAGAGAAAGAAAGUUAGCACUAUGUCGUGAAGAGAGACUCAGGAUAAUGGAUGAAGAGAAGGGCAUGCCAUCAGGCAGUAGAAAGCCAACAGUCCAGAAAUCUAAGAAGACCGGACCUACAAUGCCAAAAUCUCAGACUAGGAAAGCUAAAUCAACACUAGCCAGGAAGAAGCUUCUGUCAAAAUCAGAUGAGAACAUUGAUACAGGAAGUCUGCAGAGACAGAGAACAGCCUGGGCCACUUCUGUUGGUCAUGAAAGAAUUACAAAUGAUGAAAUUAACCAAAGAGUAAAAGAUUUACAUACAGAAAGCCAAAAACUUCGGCAAGAACUUUUAUCCAGAAAGGAGGCUAGAGCUCAAAGGAAGAAGACCAAGAAAGAACGACCAGCCAGUGCCAGGGCAACUUCAGCAAAGGCUUCCAUAACCCGUAGUUUCAGUGCCUCCGACCUCAGCCUGGCUGGUACUUCCAUGUUGAACAGAUCAGGGACAGCAGACGCAAGACCUGUUGCUAGCAGCAGGCUGAGGAAGGCUCUGAAGAAAACUGAUGUUAAAUCUGCAGCUAUAACUCCAAGAGAUGAGAAGAUUCUUGAGUUGAUGGUUAGCAAGCAUGAGGACGAGGAGGUAGAGAAUAGAGAGAAGUUACUGCAGGAGAUACAGUGGGAACGACAGAAGAAGGAAGAAGAGGCAGCUAAGCUGGCUAGCGAGAUGAGACGGAGAAAAUUUCUGGCAGAAGAGAAUAGAAUUAAACAGAUGAAAAAGUCUGAUCAAGAUAGUAGAAGAAAGAGAGAAGAACAAAAAUUGAUUGCUCAACAAGAAAGACUUUUGAAUGAGAGUAGAAGGAAAUGGGCAAUGAGAUAUAACUCUAUACAGAAACACAAGAAUCUGAAGAUCUCAGAGUCUGCUGAGAAAGAACAGUUAAAGAAAAGAAUUCAGGAGAGUAAUGUAAAGACGUUGGAGAAGGAGGAAGAGGAGAUGAAGGAACUAGUUCUACAGAAACAAGGUUAUCAGUUAAUGACAGCUGCACAGAAAAAGGAGGCAAGAUUGUUACAGGAGUCUCUGAGAGUAAUGAUGAGUAACAGAUCUGAGAGACACCAGUUUGAAGACAGAUGGAAUGCUACUAUUAAGGAUGCACAGGAAAGCAUUGAUUUGUUAGCUGAGUCCAUGAAUGUUAAAGAUAUGAAACACAAGUCCAAGUAUGACCAGAUAUUACAUAGACGAGAAAAUGAACUCACUUUGAAUAGAUUGGAUAGAGAGAAGAGAGCACUGCAGGCAAAACUUGCUCAACAACAACAUGAGAAUGAAAUGGAGGAAUGGAGAGAUAGUAUCAUGACAGCCAGAGAAAUAGCAGAUAGACAUGCUAUGGAGACUUUAGCUCAAACAAUAGAGAGGAAAGCCAGGAAGGCUCAUGAAGACAGGAUUAGAAAAGAAAAAGAACAGAAGAAAAAUAUUAAAAAAAUACAUGAUGAGAUAGAAGAAUGGAAGAGAGAGAUGGAGAACACUAUAGAAUACAAGGAUAAGAAAUCUGAUCUGAUACAGAAAGAGAAAGACCUGGCUGUACAGCAGUCGAGACAUGUGGCAGCCUCCUCACAGAAACUUCGAGAUACGUUGAAGAACAAGUAUGGUACACAAACCUUCGAUAAGAUGGCAUUUAAAGCAGAGCUCUACAACAAGUUUGAAUCAGGAACAACAUUUCUAUCUGCAGAGAAAAAUAGCUCACAUGUCAAGUUCCGCUAACAUUAUUUACUUACUUAAAGCCAACAAGAAUUGAAAAAAAUACUAGUGUGUAAAAUAAUGUCUAACAAUUUGGAGAGAAGCUGAAGGAUUCUCUUUAAUGAAGAAUACUUCUGUAUAACAAGUUCCUUUUAUGUCCGAAAACCAAAAGUGCAAAUUCUGUUUCUGCAACAUUCAGUUGCAUUGAAACUUCCCCCCCCCCCCAACCAAGAACAAAAAUUAAGUAGCUUAAGUUGAUAGAAACAUUAGUAAUCCAACAUUCUUAAUGCACCUUAAUAAAUCAUGAAAAUAUGUAACAAAAAGAGUACCAUUAGCAUUGAAUGUGCUAUGAGAAAUGCAUUCUCAAAUAAAUCUGGCUAAAUACUGCACAUCAAUAAUCAUUUUUUCUCAAAUUUUAGAAAACCAAAUCUGUUGAAAAUAUAUUUUAUGCAUCAAGCUUUAUGCAAAGACAUUUGGUUUCAGCUUUGUAUCUUACAUACUUAUAUUAAAGCUAUUUAGAAAGCAGUGCAUUUAGAUAAUUGAUCUGGAAUCCAGUGUCUUGUUAGGUAUACACUCUCAGUAGAAAAAUGUGCACUGAGAGUAAAAUAUGUAGUCUAGAGGAAAAAGUACACAGUCUGAAUCUUUUACAGAAAAAGAUAAACAGCCUGGAUACUUUAGCGGAAAACAUACACAGUCUGGAUAUUUUUUUCUCUGAUAUUUUACAGAAAAACAUAACACAGUCUAAAUAUUUUAGGGAAAACGAUAUACAGUCUGGAUGUUUUGAGAGAAAAAUAUACAUAGUCUUGAUAUUUAAGAGAAAAAGAUCAACAAUCUGAAUAUUUUAGAGACAAACACACACAGCCUGGAUAUUAAUUUAAAGACAGAGGAGUAGUAAGUUGACUGUGCUAUGCAGGGAUUUGCACUGUUUUGAUGCAGAUAAUUUUCAGGGAAAUCUUUUUUCAAGGUAAGGGACAUGAAUAAAAGGCUUGCUAGGUUUCAUAUGAGGCAUUAUUCAAUUUUGUCACAUUACAUUAUAUUUGAUUUUUGAUUUUCCAGGAAUAGUAAAAAAAUAACUAAACAAAAAUUAGGUACAGUGAAAACAAGUUAUGUUCUUGUUUCAGGAGGUUUUAAUGCAUUUUUAAUUACAAAAAUUCUAAUAUUCUAUGCAACAUACAAAAACUGAAUUAUUCUGCUAUAAAAGGAAUGAUAUAGAAUUUGAGUGUCAGAUGAAAUUGGUUAUUAAUAAAGAUAAAUCAUUGUUUGUCGUCCUUACAGAUGUACAUUGUAUUUUUUUUUUAAGUCAAAAUCUAGCCAGGUUCUACGCUGCCUUGUUUGUCUGUGAUAUCCUGUAUUGUAAAACUGGUACUAUGUAUAUGUGCUAUAUCAUUGUGAAUUCAUGUUGUCUGUGAAAUUUGUAUUAUUGUAUUAUUCAUUUCUUUUAGAAUUGAAUUUGCUGCAUAACUUUCUUGCAUCUUAAAUAUUUUGUGUUUAAUUUUUAUGUUUGGACAUAGGAAAUUAGUUAGUCUCCUGUAAGUUAGUAAUUUCGUUUUGUUUGAUUAAAUUACAGGGUGCCUGCAUGGCCAGAUGGUUUAGGUCACUGCCUUCAAAUAACUUACCCUCAUUGAUAUAGGUUUGACCCUUCUUCUGAGCAUUGAAUUCUUCAUGUGAGGAUGCCAUCCAAUUGGCUUAUGGAAAGUUGAUGGUUCUACCCAGGGGCCCUCCUGUAAUGAAAUAAUGAAAAAAGGGACGUGGGUCUCCACUGUCAAAAUCUGGGAAGUCGCAGUAUGACCUGUAACUGAGUUGGUGUGAUGUUAAGCAUAACAAAAAAAUGAUUAGAUUACAGUGGAUAACGUAUAACGUAUAAAGGAAUAUGUUACAAUAAGCAUUAUGGAGUGUAAUGUACCGAUUUUUAAACUGUCAGUAUAUAUCAGUUUUUGUGAACUUUGAUUUAAAUUCUGCAUGAUUUUUGCUGACAAACUUGUAGAAAUGUUACAAAUAUUACAAGUUAAAUUUUUACCAGGUUUCACAAUUGAUGCAUUACUAAUUACAUUCCACAAUGCAGAAAUGCAUUCUGUAUUUCUAAAUUUUGAUAAAGAAACACAAAAAGUAUUAUUAUCACCUAUGCUAAGGUUGUAUUCAGACUGUUUUUCCAUCAGGAUAUUUGAGCCACGCCAUAAGAAAACCAACAUAGUGCGUUUGUGACCAGCAUAGAUCCAGACCAGCCUGCACAUCCGCGCAGUCUUGUCAGGAUCCAUGCUGUUUGCUUUCAAAGCCUGUUGCAAUUAAGAGAAGCUGUUAGCGAACAGCAUGAAUUCUGACCAGACUGCACGGAUAUGCAGGCUGGUCUGGGUCCACGCUGGUCGCAAAUGCACUAUGUUGGUUUUCUCAUGGCACGGCUCAUUUGUUUUCUUUGUGUAACAUUCCAUGUUAUGUAUGUAUAAUGUUUAUACAUGCUCCAUGUACCUGUGUACAUGUACUUCUGGUUCUUUAAGUUUUAUUGAAUAUUUUCAUGUUUUUAUGUUGCUAUUUUACCCUGGGAAACUCAGGCUUGAACACAGAAACUGCCUUGUUUGUGUCAUUGAAGUUUUCUUUAUAUAAUUUAUUGCCAUUACAUAAGUGUUGAUUUUUUUCCGUGGUUUAAUUAUAAGAUAUCAAAUAGAAUUGAAUAAAACAUUCCAGAUUUGUGUCGAAAACAAUAAUUAUUGUGAAAGUGUUUUGGAUGUUCAUAUAGUUUUCAAAUUUUCUGUUUUUCUUUUUUAAUUUCAUGAUGAUGCUAGGUUAUAUACUGAGUUGUAGUGACUGAUAAUUAACUUGUAGUGAUUAUUUAUAUGUUUUGUGAUAUUGUUCUUAAGUUAUUUUAUGUUCAUGUUUCUUUUUACCUUUACAACUAAGUUGUCUGUGAUGAUGAUAGGAUUAUGUUUUAGUUGAUAAUGUUUUAUUUGAUGUAUUUAGUGUAAAGUAGAUCAAUAGAAUCUAUUAAGCAUUUUUAUUUAUCAUUAUAUAUUUAUAUUAAAGUACACAUUAAAAUGCAAAAAUGCAAAUUAAAUAGAUCUACAUGUACCCUG